ACUAAUUCGGACCUUCAUCCGUACACGUACCUACUCAAGUAUCUACAAUCGCUACAUACCCACCUCACCUCACCUCACCUCACCUUGCGUUUCUCAGCUCGACACGAGACAAAAUCCUGGCGUUUUGACUUUCUCCCAACCUUGUCACGAUCCAUCAUCCGGGUUCUUUUCUGCGUUGCCCACCUACACACGUCACCCACUACUGACUCCCUUUCUCCGUUACCUGGUUGCCUCACGAUAAGAAACCUAGCUCUACCUUGCAACCCCCACCACCCUCCCUCCUCUUCCUUCUAUCCAACGCAUAUCAUCACUGCAAGAGAGGGGGAAAUAAAACCAGGCCGAAAAUCAUCCCGGAACCUGACACUUCCCUGCCCUUGACCUACCCACGCGGCACGCUAUCUAUCUGAUUGACUCCACUGCCCCAAGCACCGUCUCAUCAAAUACUGGGACCAGAGGGAAAAAAGAGCACCACCACCAGCACCACCACCAAAUCAUAUUAGACUCCACCACCCGUGCCCCCGUAUCCGACGCCGACUUUAAUAGUAGCCAUGUCCCCCGUCACACUCACCCAGGAGCAGCUGCUCAACCUUCGUUCUAUUCCGCCCUACGACUACAAGAUGGCCUCGCAGACGCAGACACGCUCUCCCCAGAUGCCCGCUACGGCUUCCACCGACGCCUCCUCCCAGGCUGACUACUUCACAUCCUCACUGAGCUCGGCGACCAACUCGUCCCGCAACUCGGUCGAGUACCAUGACCGCGCCGUCGUUGCCGUUGAGACCCCCAGCGGCACUGCCAUCACCACCGCCCACAAGACCAAGAACCCCCUGCCCCCGCUCUCCCGCGAGUACCCCAAACCCGCCGACGAGAUCGACGUCGAGGAGGCCCUCGCCCGCAAGCCCGGCCGCUGGUCUGUCAGGGGCGCCAUCGCCGCCGAGAGACCUGUCCAGGUCGUCGACGAGGAGAAAAUCAAGGCCCAGCGCCGCAAGGCCCUCGAGGACGUCAAGAAGGAGCUGUUCGCCGCCAGCGAGACCCUCAAGACGGCCCCGAUUCCGUCGCGCAACAACACCAAGUUCUAGGCGACGACUACUGGUGACAGUCACGGAAUCGUGAUGGGCCGGACAAUCGACCAAGACGACGGUUACGGCACCGCCAUCAUUACCACCACCACCACUUACGAAACACCACCAACGACAAUUGCAUUUUCACGUUCUUGCAUUUUCAGUAAACUUCAGCGCUCGGC